UUUUGUCCGUGGGGCGGCCCCCCCGUCUCUUUUCCACGGCCACCUCAUCACCCUUCUGGGCCUAUCGUCUAGGGAGGGUCGUUGGCGCGCCACGUUAGAGGAGAGGCGUCGCCGUCGGUUUCCGAAACAUGGCGAUGUUCGCCGGCACGCACCGCCGGCUGUGCGCGUUGCCCGACUGCCAGUCACCCUGCUUCGAAGACCAAGAUGGCUUCGUCCACAGCUACUGCUCGCGAACAUGUUCAAAUGAGGCUUUAGCGAGGGCGAAAUGGGCUUCACUUCGAUCUUCCUCUCGAAACAUGGGCGGAGGGUCCGAUGGCUCUCGAUGCAAGCUGGCCGGCUGUUCUCGUACCGUUUUCAUCGACGAAAGUUCGGGCCGCGUGCACGAAUUCUGCGGCCGCAGCCACGCAAACGAGGCCAUGGCCAACGGAGAGACGUCGUCGCUGUCUCGCGGGACGGGGGCAGGAAAAGGAGCACCUGCACACGAAAAGGGCACUGCAGAGUGCAGUUUAGAGGGCUGCAACGAAUUGGUCUACCGUGACCCUGUGACGAAAGUGGAUUCCAAGUACUGCAGCAACGGGCACUAUGUGGCGGGAACGGCCAUGCUCAACAGGGAAUGUAUCCGCGAUGGCUGCAGCAGGGCUGCCUGGGUGGACGAAGGCACGGGAGGCGUGUUGGAUUACUGCGGAAGCUGGUGCGCAGGCGAGGUCGGGAUGGAACACCUCGUGGGUGUUGGCGUGUGCUCCUUACCUGGGUGCGUCAAACCCAACUUCGUCCACCCGCGCGAUCGGCAGGAGACGGGAUACUGCUGCGAAGACCACCGGCUUCGCGCGACCCAGCGCUCCCUGGGGCCGAACCCGGAGCCUUUUGUCGAUCGCACGUUCCGGGGCGGCACCACCAGCGCCGACGACUUUCAGCUAAGCGUCCUAACGAACCGACACCCGGAGUAUCUCAGUCGGAAAGAGCAGUUCAUGCAGAAGUGGGAGAAGCCCCUCGUGGGCACUGGCGUCUCUGUCUUGAGAAUUUUCAAGGUCCAGGUGCCGAAGGAUAUCCAAAGACGAACCGAAACCUACAUGGGACAAGUUGGAAACGUCCAGCGGCGAUUCCACGGCACCUCGUGCUCGAACAUGUGCACCUUCUUUGUCGACCUGAGGGGUGGGCCGUGCGGAGAGUCCACCUGCAAAGUCUGCAACAUCUGCACGCACGGUUUCCAGCUGAGAGACAACGUUGGGGGCACGGCGAGGCGCACGAACUUCGACCUGCGUUACGGAGACGGGCUGUACUUCAGCAGCGUCUCUGGCAAGGCCAACGACUACGCCGAGCUGUCUGAGAAGACGAACCGGUCAGGCAAGAAGGUGCGGUGCAUGUUCUUGUCAAGCGUGACCGUGGGCAGGGCCUUCAACACCUACGAAGGCAAGCUUCCUCCGGAACAAUGCCCCCCGCUUGGGUUUGACUCCGUUGUGGGAGAGAGAGGGCCGGCCUUGAACUAUCCCGAAGUAGUAGUUUACAGGGAAGAAGCUGCCCUGCCGACUCACUUGAUCGUUUACGCUCUGCACGAAUAAUGAACGGAUGGAAGGAGCUACAACGAGAAGCCAUCCAAAAGACGACCACUGGUUCCGAUCCGCCCGCGCAGAGGGCACUCGUCGAGCAGUGUUCGUGAGCGCCGUGUGCAUGAAGUGUUUUAAUACUUCCUCUGUGUCAUAAGUUAGGGUACCUAAAUGCAAUAUAUUGUCUUGGUGCAACCGUGUUGGUGAUGGUAGCAUAGUCGGGUUUGUAAGAAAGGUAUUACAAAGAAGAAGCGAUAGAAAAAAAAAAAAAAAACGAACAUCUAUUUCUGUACCUAAUAUUAUAUACCCUAUUUUGGCCUGUUCGGGGAAUUUGUUGAGAAUUUUUUUUCAAUUUUUUUCGAGAAUUCUCGACAAAAUUCUCAAAACCAUCUAAUGUUAGUGCCCUACCGGCCCACUACUCACUCUAGCGAUGGAAUCGCCCCCCAGCACACCACCUCGCAAUAGGGGCACCGAAUUAUCGGUUGGUAGGCGCUAUGCCAUGGCGGUA